ACCUUCGCCAAGUAGUACAUCAUCAUCAGGGAAAAUGGAUCAGCAUAGCGCGGACAAUUGCAAGUGCCACAAACAGGCGCAGCCGGCACAGCAGACGCUCAGCGAUAUGGACUUCGAUCGGGGCAUUUGGAAUGCAGCCAUAUACAACGAGGUGGAGCGAGUGCGUGAGUUCAUCAAGAAGGGUCAGGCAAUGGCGCGCGACGAUUGCGACUACACUGCCCUGCACUAUGCGGCGCGCAAUGGCAACGAGCAGAUCUGCAAGCUGCUGCUGGCGGAGGGCAAAGUGGAUGUAAAUGCAGUCACCAAGGCGGGCGCCACGGCUCUACAUCGUGCUGCCAUGAUGGGCCACUUGGACAUUGUCAAGCUGCUGGCGGAGCAGCCGAAGGUUAAUCUGCUGCUGCAGGAUGAGUGCGGGCAGAGUGCGUUGCAUCGCGCCGCGCUCCGUGGCCAGCUGGAGGUGUGUCGCUAUCUGUUGAAGCAGCAGCCGGCACUGAAGCUGCUCAAGGACAACAAGGACAAGAUCGCAUUUGAGUAUAUCAUGGAGAAUGCCAAUGAUGAUUUCAAGCUGCUGCUAAAACCCUAAACAUGGAGAAAUAUGGAGUAGUCAAAUAGAUACUAACCGUUUUGUAGCUCUAUAAGUUCGAUCUAUAAUAUUGUCCAACUGACCUAAAUUUUAUGGUAUUUGUUAUCAUAUCUUUUGUAGGCAUUUUUUAUAGGGCAGUUAGUUCUCAUUCGUAAUAUUUGCAUGUAUAUUUUUUUCAACUGUAAAGUGUAAGCGCAAAAAUGUUAAAAGAGAAACGAAACCAAUUCAUA